GCCAUGAGGGUUCGUUCCAUUCAUUGACAUUUUGUUGCUGCUGCAGCUAGAGAAAUUACAUUACAUUUCGUAAAGGUUUUUUGCAAAAUGAAUUCAUUUCAAAGUGGCACCACUGCCCCGGCAAAAGUGGCAACAGGACGUCGCCAGCCACGGGCACCAAAGCCACCAAAGGAUUCCACCGUCAAGGGAUGUGCCUGCAAGCGUACCUCUUGCAUUAAGAAUUACUGUGACUGCUAUCAGUCAAUGAGGACUUGCCAUGAGUACUGCAAGUGCCUUGAUUGCAAGAAUACUGUGGAGCGUCCCGUGGUUACCGACAAUCCGCCAAAGAACUCCAGAAGGCAGCGUGCCUCGGCCGUGGCUGCCAAAGCCGAGGCUGCAGCCGUCAAGGCUGGCCUGAAGCCGGCUAUCACACCGGUUGCUGUGGUUACUCCGGCCAAGGUUAUCAUACAGGGUAAAAGGAACCAGCCUGGCGAUCAGCCCAUCAUUCCACUGGGAGUGCGCACAGCACCGAAGUCCACGCCUAUGAAACUGCUGCCGAACAAGCCACGUGGUGGUAUGCCACAAGUGCCGGUUACGUUGCAAAUGCUACAGUCGCAGCAUCAGUUGAAGCAUUUACCAAAUGAAGCUCCCCAGCAUGUAGCCCCCAAGUUUCGUCCCGAUCAGGAUACGUUGAUGAGCCAGGCCACCAUGCCUGAGAGCCAGGCAUGGAGUGGAUCUCCGCCUCAGUCAUCGGCAAUGAUCAUCGCUUCGCCUAGUAGCUCCAAGCCAAAGGAGCCAGAGAAGGAGAACAAGGAUGAGAAGACACGCAAGGAACUCAAUCUGUUCAUACAGCCCAUCAAUUCGACACUGCUACAGUGCAUGAUGGUCCAGGCCACAGAGGCGGAGCAGCUGGGAUUGAAUGAGAUACAGGUGGGCCAACUGGUACUUUGCGAAUUCGUCCAAGGCCUGAAACUCAUUUACGCUACCUCCUGUGGCAAGAAGGCGGGACAGAAAUGAUUGCUAUGUGAUUGUAUUUACGAUUUACAAAUAAAUGCAUAAU